CUCACCGCCCUUUCCCUUUCCUUCCCUUCAAAAUUUUGUUUUGCUCUCUUUCUCUCUCUUUCUAUAGAAAUGGCGAUCGAUGAGACAAACUCUCAACAGCAAGAGAAGGUUUCUUCAGAGGCUCCCGUUGGCGAAAAGAAAAGAUGGACGCUUAGCGAUUUUGACAUUGGAAAGCCCCUUGGACGAGGAAAGUUUGGUCACGUUUAUUUAGCUAGAGAAAAGAGGAGCAAUCAUAUUGUGGCACUCAAGGUCCUAUUUAAAAGCCAACUGCAACAGUCUCAAGUUGAACAUCAGCUACGUCGCGAAGUGGAAAUACAAAGCCACUUGCGUCAUCCGAAUAUAUUGAGGCUUUAUGGUUAUUUCUAUGAUCAGAAACGGGUUUACCUGAUACUGGAGUAUGCAGCCAAGGGUGAACUUUACAAGGAACUGCAAAAAUGUAAAUACUUGAGUGAAAGACGCACGGCUACUUAUGUUGCAUCUUUAGCUCGGGCACUCAUUUAUUGUCAUGGAAAGCAUGUAAUACACCGAGACAUCAAACCUGAGAACUUGCUGAUUGGUGCAAAGGGUGAACUUAAGAUUGCUGAUUUUGGAUGGUCAGUACACACAUUUAACCGUAGGCAGACCAUGUGUGGCACGCUUGAUUAUCUCCCUCCUGAAAUGGUUGAAAGUGUAGAGCACGAUGCCAGCGUAGAUAUCUGGAGCCUUGGUGUAUUGUGCUAUGAAUUCCUUUACGGGGUUCCUCCUUUUGAGGCCAAGGAACACUCCGACACUUACCGAAGGAUUGUGCAAGUGGAUCUGAAAUUCCCUCCUAAACCAAUAGUUUCAUCUACAGCUAAGGACCUCAUUAGUCGGAUGCUUGUCAAGGAUUCUUCACAACGCCUACCACUACAUAAGCUUCUCGAGCACCCUUGGAUUGUUGAGAAUGCUGAUCCAUCCGGCAUCUAUAGAGCUUAGUGCACAUACAUUCCUCUAAAUUCUUCUAAAUAUGCUUCUGGUUUUUGCGACCAUGCAUCUGCAUCCAAGCUUUGUACGAAUAACAAUACAAUUCAUUUGUAUGCUAAAAUUACUAUGAGAUAUUCAACACCUUUUCUAUUUUC